AUGAAGAGCGCGAUUAAGCUCGUCGCCGCGCCUUUGUUGGCAGCUGGGGCUCUUGCGCAGUUUGUACCCGCACCUACAGAUCUGAUCACCAAGGAAGGUUAUGCAAACAUUAGCGUACGCUACAAGGAGGUGCCUACUGGCAUCUGUGAGCUAGACCCAAGCGUAAAGAGCUACUCGGGAUACGCAGAUGUUUCUGAAGACGAACAUAUCUUUUGGUGGUUCUUCGAGGCGCGCAACCAGGACCCGACGGAUGCUCCGUUGACUGUUUGGAUCAAUGGAGGACCUGGAUCCAGUUCCAUGAUUGGACUUUUCCAAGAACUAGGACCGUGUGGUAUUGGCCCCGACAUGAAGCCUUUCAAUAACCCCUACUCGUGGAGCAACGCAAGCAACAUGCUUUUCAUCGACCAACCUACAACCACGGGCUUCUCAUAUUCGAUUCCAAUUCCGGGUUAUACAGACAGCAGUGGCAACAUUAUUCAACUGCCCAACGCGACUUGCCCUGAUUAUGCUCAGGCAGCAGGAACAUGCGGCACAUAUUCGAAGCCAGACGUCACCUUGACCGCCAACAGCACGUUGGGUGCGGCUCCCAAUUUCUGGAAGACUCUGCAGGGCUUCAUGGGCGCUUUCCCACAAUAUUCGCGCAACGGCUUCAGCUUCACAACAGAGAGCUACGGAGGACAUUACGGUCCCGUAUUCAACGCCUACUUUCUCGAACAGAAUGCGAAGAACAUUUCGGGUGCGCAUAAAAUCGACCUCGAGAACGUGCUCAUCGGUAACGGCUGGUUUGACCCGCUUGUUCAAUACCAGGCCUACUACAACUUUUCUGUUUACCCCGGAAACACGUAUGAUUACGACCCGUACAACGACACAGUGAAGGCUGAGUGGUAUAAUAACCUCUAUGGACCUGGAAACUGCGUGGACCGCACCAAGCAGUGCUAUGAAACCGGCAACAAUGCUGUUUGCUCCAGUGCCGACAACUUCUGUUACAGCAAAGUAGAGAACCUGUACGAUAUCUACAGCGGACGUGAUGAGUACGAUAUGCGGGAAUUGACGCCCGAUCCAUUUCCCUACUCGUACUUUGAGACGUAUCUCAACACGCCCGAGGUCCAGAAAGCCAUUGGCGCAUACCAGAACUUUUCUACAAGCAGUGGCACGGUCAGUACAGCAUUUGGUAGUACUGGCGACGACGACCGUGAAUCGGGUACAAUUGAGGCUGUCCAGAAAUUGGUCGCUGCGGGCGUGCAGGUCAUCCUCUAUUAUGGCGACGCUGAUUACAACUGCAACUGGCUAGGUGGACAAGUCGUCGCAGAGCUCAUCGAUGCGCCCGGCUUUUCCAAGGCGGGCUUCACAAACAUCACCACUAGCGACAACAUUGUACACGGCCAAGUCAAGCAGGCCGGUCAUUUCUCCUUCAUUCGCAUCUACGAGUCGGGUCACGAAGUACCCUUUUACCAGCCGCUCGCAUCUCUCGAAAUGUUUGAGCGCGCGCUAAAGAAGGUCGAUAUUGCCACGGGCGCGGAGAAGUGCGGACAGGAUUACUUGACGGUAGGUACUCCAACCAGUACCUACCGGGAGGGUAAUGCCACGAUGCAGUUUGAGAUGACACCGGCGAAUGCGACGUACAACACGGCAUUGAACGGGCCUGACCCAACACCCACGUGGCCUGCUGGUGAGCUAAAGAAGCGCGAGGCGCGGAGGAUUGCAAGGCCGAAGAUGUGGAAGGGUGGAAAGCGAGUUUGGUGA